AUGGUUGGCAAUGGAUGCACGUGCGGCUUCUUGCCAUGCAUUUGCGUGGGCGACGUCGAGGACGCUGUAGACUUCUCGGAAGAGUUUCAUGGUGGAAAUAAUAGUAAUGAUAGCGGUACCAUCACGUCAAAAGCCAGGCUGCGCCAGCUAUUCGCAUCUGACGCCACGUCGCAGUGCAUGAGCUGCAUGAUGCUGCCGUGUAUUUGCCCCAAUGAAGACGAUGCCGCCAUGUUGGGUGACAAUGAGGCUACAAAUGUGAAUUCUACUAGACUGCUGGCGACUGACCAAGAUCUGGGAGUUGGCAACGAGGAGACGGACGAGUAUGGUCGCGUACGACUGGGCGCACCUUCCACCACUAGUCAAGUAGAGAGAAACGGUAACUUGUGGAUAGCAAGAGAGAUUAAGCCCCUGCUAAAGCCUCACCAAGUGGAAGGCGUCCAAUUUUUGCACUCCCAUGUGGUAGCCAAUCGUGGGUGUAUCCUUGCAGACUACAUGGGGCUCGGCAAGACGCUACAAGUGAUCACUGUUAUUUAUUCCUUCAUUAUUGACGAAAUGAACGCGCGAAAGCAACGCAGAGAGAAUGUAGCUAGUUCUGCUGUAAAUAUAGAGGAUUCAGAAAGACCACAAGAUCAGGACGGGCAUGACGGCAACGAGGAUAUCCAGGCGACCGUUCUAGUGCUAUGCCCAGCGAUAUGUUUAUCCAACUGGGAAUCCGAGUUCAAAAAGUGGUUGAACGCUGAGGCACGUGCGCGCUGUCCUGUUCACACGUUGGAUGCUUCCUCGACAAAAGGCACCAAUGUAGGUCGUCUGCGACUGCUUCGACGCUGGAAGCGCGCUGGUGGCGUCUUGCUGAUGGGGUAUGAGAUGUUUCGCGGACUAUUAAACCCAACAACUACGCCUGUGAGCUGUUCUCCUGCGCGCGAUGCAUCCAUCCGGGUGUGUUCGCGUAUGGUUUUCGCUACAAUGGAAGUUACCAGCGCUUCUGCGCAGGAUGUUCUCCAGGUGCAACGUACAGCACACGAGUUUCGGCGCCUGCUAUGCUCUCCGGGGGCAGAUCUUGUGGUCAUGGAUGAAGGCCAUCGGAUGAAGGAUCCAAGCUCGUUACUGUGCCAAAGUGUAGCUCAGAUUCAAUCCCCUCGACGCUUGGUGCUCACUGGUUAUCCUUUGCAAAACUCUUUGUCCGAGUACUGGUGCAUGGUCAAUUUUGCGCGGGAGGGCUUUCUGGGCAGCUACGAUGAAUUUCGGGUGAAGUACGAGAGACCCAUUCUGGAAAGAGACAUGUCACGUUCACAAGAGCUGAUUGAGUUGUUGCAGAGUGUCGUGCUGCGUCGAGGCAAAGCCCUGCUGCGCUCCCAGCUGCCGCCUAAGCUGGAGUGGAUCUUGUAUUGCAAACUCUCUCCAGUACAGCAUCAAUUGUACUGCGAUUUCCUUGAUUAUUACAGGGACGGCAGCGGGGCUACUGCUGAUCUUUUGACUGCUUAUGCCACACUGCUGCAAGUGAUGAACCACCCAGAUAUUAUUUAUUCAAAACUCUGUCCUUUCGAGGAAGAUGGCUCUUCACUGCUGCUAGGGGAGGAAUGUGAGGCCAACGACACAUCGCUAGGCCUAGACGUCUCAAGUGGCUGGGCAUGGGAGAGUGAAGAGCGUUUGCACGAAAAACAGCAGACUGUUGCAGCUCGAAGGCGUAGGAAGCGACAGAAGCUCACGGAUACUCAAAAGUCUUCGGAGUGGGCACGCUCCGUAAUAUUCGGUGAUCCCCGACAAGAAGUCGAGCCAUCUGCAAAGGAUAGGGCAAGUAGCUAUCAUGCGAAAAUACCGGAGCACAGCGGAAAAAUGGUCGUGCUGUUGAGCAUCGUCCAGGAGAGCUUUCUUUGUGGUGAUAAGGUCGUUGUGUUUUCUCAAAGCGUUCCUACGCUAAAGGUUAUAUCAAAUUUUCUGCAUGCGAGCAGUUUUAGUCCAUCACGUGCUGCGGACGACGCUACGAAGGCGCGCAAUAGCUUCAAAGAAAGAAUUGCAGGCAAGUCGAAGCGCCGCCGAAUUACUUCGCGCCCGAAUCGCGACCCAGCUGGAAUCUUGCGCAAGCGUCGAAACCAAACAGGAACUAGCAGCUUGGGUACUAAUACUAUCGAUGCGGUGCCAAGUGUCACUUCAAACGAGUGGCUAUUGCAGAUCGAUGGCAGUACGAAUGGAGCCAAACGCAUGGAGUAUAUCCAGCGAUUUAGCUCGACUGAUUCACCGGUUAAGGUGCUAUUGGUAUCUACGCGCGCUGGUGCUGAAGGCAUCAAUCUUCACGCCGCGAACCGCCUCGUGCUAUUCGACGUUAGCUGGAAUCCUUCCAACGACCACCAGUCAAUGUGCCGCUCGCACCGCAUCGGCCAGGCUAAAACUGUGCACGUGUACAGGCUUGUGAGCACAGGCACGAUGGAGCGUAUGAUUUACGAGCAGCAGAUGAAGAAGGUUGAUCUGUCUACUGCAGUGGUGGACAGUCAUGAGCUUGUUGACCAGACAAAGCGGCCUGUAGAUUUAUCCAGCCUUGCAUAUACGGAUACAACGAAGAAAGAGAAUCUGAUGCGGUUUAGUGGGUUCCUUCAGCCGCCCACGGAGGUUGACUACGACAAAGAACUUGAGGUGGAUGAGACUAUUGUCAAAGAAGACGCAGUCUUAGCAUCGUGCAUGAAGCAGCUAGGACGUUGGCUCGUUGAUGUUUGCCGCGUGGACGAAUCCUUGGACGAAGAGAAGCAGCCUGGGCAAUCAUUUCGAGACGGUCUUUUAUCAGGACUGGGUAGUUAA